GGGAGGUCCAUGAGUUCCCGGUGAGUAAACCAUCGGAAGUUGAUGCCUGUUGUCCUGAGAGUCUAUGAGUACUAUGACAGCGAUGACUCCCUUAGGGAACAAGAACGAAUUGGGCAGUGCCAGGCACCUCUUCUUCGGCAGGCGGGAGUUGUUGUUGUGUCCCCUCAUGCUGGUGUGUGGGGUUGUCCGUCGCCAGAUAGGUUUCGGUGGGAGCUGAGGUGUCCAUAUCCUGAGGCUGCUGCCGAUCUCCGGGAAGAUUUAGAUGCACAGACUGAGGCAGCGCCAGCGUUUGGAGUUGCAUGCUUUGUCGGUGUUCCUGUUGUUGGUGCAGAAGCUGCAUUCUGUGCUGGCUUUGCAGGGCAUCCUGCUGCUGUCGCUAUUGCAGGUGAAGACGUUGCUGGUGUUGCUCCUGUUGAUAUUGCAAGGGUGGCUGCUGCUGUUGAUAUUACAGGUGAAGCUGUUGUUGAUUUUUCUGCUGGUUUCGCGGCUGGCGCAUCACCUGGCCUUGCUGCGGUUGCAGUUGCUGGCCAUGUUGCUGCUGCUGCGUCCCUGUCUUUUGGUCUGGGUGACGCUGGAGAAUCGGUUGCGGUUGUUGUGGCGAUCCCACAAGCAGCAGGCAUUGCAGCAGGUGUUGCUGCGUCUGCUCAUGGUGUGGCUUUGACAGUAGGUGUGAUUAGUCCCGAUGUGGGUGCUGAACAUGUUGCAUUUGUGGAUCUUGAGCUGGGUUCUAUUGAGGCCCCUGUUGUGGCUGCUCCUGUGCCUGCUGUCUCUGCUGCUGUUGUUGCAGCUCGGCGAGUUGGGGGGGUGUUUGCAGUUGAGUUGCUCUUGCCGCAGCACCAUCUGUAUUGCGUCUGAUGACGCUGAACAUGCUGUGCUUGCUGGUAUUGCAGCAGGUUUUGACGCUGUUUUCUGUGUUCGAUGAUCCCAUUCAACCCAUUGCCUAUUGAGGGCGAGGUCCCAGUGUUGGGAGAAGGCAGCAUCCUUAAUCUUCUUAAGCAAGGAAUUGGCUCUCACCCAUACCUCUUGCAAUUUCACAG